GUGGUGAACUCAUCUCUAAUGAAGACUUCUGUAACAGAAUGAACGAAAGGCAUCAUUUGCCACAGUAUAGGGACAAACAGACACCAUUAGAAACCAUAGGCGUAAGAAUGAUUAGCCAAGUGGCUAUAGAUAGUAUGCACCUAAUUGAUUUAGGUGUAAUGCGAAAGUUUCUACUCCGAGUGUUGCAGGAUAAAGUUAAUAUGAAGGUAUCCAACGAAAAUAAAAAUUACAUUUCGAAUAGCCUAAAAUCACUUGAAAUGUGUAUUACUAAAGAGUUUGUGAGGAAGCCAAGGGGAUUUGAUGAAAUUUAUAACUGGAAGGCCACGGAAUUCCGGCAAUUCCUGCUUUAUACAGGACUUUCUGUUUUGAAGAAUAGAGUUGACGAUAAUAUAUAUUAUGAGUACUUGCUCCUGCAUUGUUCUUGUAGGCUAUUGCUUUGCCCUAAAAGUUAUACCUCGAAUACGCAAAUAGCACAAAAUAUGUUAUCUUUAUUCGUCCAAAAUUUUCCAGUUGUCUUUGGAGAAACAAGCGUCACAUAUAAUGUGCAUCAUUUGCUUCACUUGACAAAUAGCAUCGAAGAGAUAGGUUUGAUAUCAGAAUCAUCAGUAUAUGAUUUUGAAAAUUAUUUACAAAUUCUAAAACGAUAUGUUAAAAAGCCCACACAUAUUUUGCAACAACUUUAUAAAAGAAUUUCGUAUGAAAGUUUCAACACUGAAACUGCUUUUGAUGGUUUGAAACUGGCUAAGAAUGGAGAAUAUAAAUAUUUUCGUAACAAUUGCGUUUCCACUGCGAAACACCCUGAUAACUACUGUUUAAUAAAGCCUUAUGUUCCCAUAGAGAUACAAAGAUUUACAUAUGAUAAUGGUGGUUCAGUCGUAGGGAAGAAAUAUACGAAUGUUCGAAGCUUUUUCAGUGAGCCUGUUGACUCAAUAACUUUAGGAAUAAGUUCAGUUGAUUUAAAUUUGCCAGACGAAGAAGUACUGUUUCCUGUGAGUGAAAUAGAAUGUAAAUUGUUAGGCCUGCCGCAUGUUGGUCGCUUACUCUUUCUCCCAAUUCUACAUGAUUGCCGUUAUAUCAAAUACAAAUCUUGAGUAUUUAAACGCUUAUAGAUUUAAGAGGAGAAAAAGAAAUAAGCGCAAGGCCAUUCAAAAGGAAACUAGUCCAUAAAGAUCCUCCACCACAACACGCCACUUCAACCAGGACUUGCACAAGUUGACUUACAGG